GGCAACUUCCUCAUAUAUCAGAGACAACACAUUAUUUUUCUUACUGUUACUAUAUUUUUGCGUAUACCUGCCAUUAUCAUCUAACACAUUCAUAACUAGGCCCUUGUUAACAAUGAAGUCUGUCACAAACUUCUUCACUAUUGCGGCCACUUUGGUCAUCAGCAUUGUUGCUGCGGAAUCUGAAUUUACGUUUACUCAUAAGGUGACUAUGAAUAUUGCCAAAAAUGGUGAAAACAUUGGUCAAUUGAUUUUGGGCCUGUAUGGUGAUGAGACACCGAAAACUGUUGCUAACUUCGUGUCAAUGUGUGAAGGCCAUAGUGUAAACGGACGUAUAUACAGUUACAAGGGUUCUGUCUUCCACCGCAUCAUUCCAAAUUUUAUGAUCCAGGGAGGUGACAUUGUUAAUGGCAAUGGUACUGGUAGUGUUAGCAUCUAUGGUGAGAGGUUUGCUGAUGAAAACUUUAACAUCAAGCAUGGUGCACCCGGAGCACUUUCCAUGGCUAACGCCGGACCCAACACUAACGGUUCUCAAUUCUUCAUCACCACUGUCCAAACUCCAUGGUUAGAUGGAAGACAUGUUGUGUUUGGUAGAUUAAUGGAUGGUUGGACUACAUUGCAGGAAAUGGAAUCAGAAGGUACCCCAAGUGGCAGUACCCGUUCUAAAAUGACAAUUGCUGAAUGCACUGUCGAGAAGCUAUAAAACAACUAUAACAACCAUUACUAAUCAUUUUUAUAUUCAGUUAUACAUGU